UCUCUCUGUCUCUCUCUCUCUAUCUCUCACAAAAGUCAAAUCACUUAAACCUUACGUUACACCUAUAACACUUCUCCUAUAUAUGUAACACACCAUAGUGUUUUUUCUUUUAAUUUCUCUCAACGCUAACUAUUCUUCUAUUACUUCUUUCUUCUUCUGUCUCUCUUUUCGUUAACAAUGGUGCAACAUCACCACCGCAACCGCCACCGCCAAGACCAAGAGACAGUCGAAGAGAACAAGGGAAAAAGACCCAAGUUGUUCAUCAACGACCACGUCGACAUCCUCGUAGAGAUCCUCAAACGCCUCGACGGCCGUUCCCUUGGCGUCGCCACCUGCGUUUGCCGUCUCUGGUGCACCAUUGCUCGUAACGACUCCCUCUGGGAAGACCUCUGCUUUCGCCACGUGUCUCCCCCACCUUCCAGCGUGCGUUCGGUCGUCGUUGCCCUGGGUGGCUACAAACGCCUCUACAUGGCUUGCGUGAGACCAGUGCUGAGCCGACUCGGACGAGUGAGGAGGGCUUCUUGGACUCGCGACGAGGUCCAGCUCUCGUUGUCUUUGUUUUGCGUUGAUUGCUACGAAAGGCUUGGUGGAAGUAAUAGUCCUAAUGGGAGGCUCGUCGGGGAAUUGUCACCGUCGUCUCUGAUGUUCCUUUGCAAGCCCGUGAAUGUUUGAUUGUUGGUCGUCUUUUCCAAUUUAAUAUACCUUAAAAAUGCAAAUGAUGAUAAAAAUUCUUUAUAACCUUUUUUUUAUUAUUAUUUUUUAUAUUUUUUUGUUGUUAUAAUUAUUUGUGAAAAUGUUACUAGCUUUGUCAUUAAUGAAUAAGUUCUUUUUGAUAUUGUUCUUUUA